UUCUUUUAAUUUUUUUAGCAUGUCUUGAUCCUGUCGAUUGUAAGUUGCCUUCGCCUAUGCCCGAAGAGCACAGUAACGAGGAAAUUGAUCACAAUCACAUCUUGAUCAGCGAUAUAAGCAAUCUGUAUCGGAACGAAAGGUAUUCUGAUGUUGUUUUAGUUGUCGGUGGAAAUCGGUUGCACGCCAAUCGUGAUGUUUUAGCCUCACGCAGCUCAUAUUUUAGCAAAUUAUUUUAUGGAAAUUAUGCAGAAGCGAAAAAGUCUGAGGUGCCAAUUAAGGAAGGAUCAGUAACCUCAUUUACAAUACUUUUAAAGUAUAUUUAUACUGGUCAGAUGAGUUUAAGUGAUCUAGAGUAUGAAGUUAUUGUGGAAUUAUUUAGAAUUUCGGAUUACUACGAAUUUCAAAAGUUACAAUAUUCCCUGUCCGAGUAUUUGCGGAGUACCAUUAGUAUACACAAUGUAUGUUCGUUGUUUACUGUGGCACGACUUCAUCAACAAAAAAAACUCACAGGCGACUUAAUCGAAUUUAUUGAAACCAACGCUAUGGAUGUAUUGCAAUCUAAAGAAUUUCUGUCUUUGUCGCCCGUAGUCCUUCGAGAAAUCCUCAUUCGUGACACGUUUUAUGCUAGAGAAUUCGAUAUAUUCAGUGCGGUUAAUCGCUGGAUCCAAAAGAACGGAAAACACCUGGAUCGUGAUGCAAAAACUAAAGUUUUAUCUGCUGUCCGAUGUCCGUUGAUGAGUGAUGAAGAACUGGCGACGAACCCAAUGUAA